AUGGAUUGCUCGCCGCCUCCCUCCCUUUGGAGACAGGUACCUGUUCUAAGGAGAUUCCUGGAGGAGCUGGCUGGUCUGUACCGACCCGGCGGCGAUUGCUUCAGGAUCUUGUUACCGGAGUCCCCGGGCUCCCAGCAGUUUUUCCAGCUCCCCGGGAGCCAGCCUAUUGUCCUCUUAGGCGCCGGAGGGGUUAAGCCGAGGAGGCAACGAAACGUAGCCUUCCUCCACGGACAUCCAAGCGGGAGGAGGAGGUGCUAUGAUGAGAAGUCCCCAUAACUUCUGGCUAUCAUCAACCGCACUGUGUCCUUCAACAUCACUGCCGACAGUGAGCCCUUGGGCUGCGCCUCCUUUGAGCUGUUUGCAGACAAAGUUCCAAAGGCCACAGAAAACUUUCUUGCUUUGAACACUUGGGAGAGAAGAUUUGCUUAUAAAGGUUUCUGCUUUCACAGAAUUAUUCCGGGAUUGAUGUGCCAGGGUGGUGACUUCACAUGCCACAAUGGCACAGAUGGCAAGUCUAUCUACGGGGAGAAAUUUGAUGAUGAGAAUUUCAUCCUGAAGCACACGGGUCCAGGCAUCUUGUCCACAGCAAAUGUUGGACCCAACACAAGCAGUUUCAAGGUUUUCAUCUGCACAGUCAAGACUCAGUGGGUGGACGGCAAGUAUGUGGUCUUCGGCCAGGGGAAAGAUGGCGUGGAUGUUGUCACAGCCGUGGAGCACUGUGGGUUCAGGAAUGGCAAGACCAGCAAGAAGGUCACCAUUACUGACUGUGACAACUCUCAUAAAUUUGACUUGUGUUUUUUCUAA